AGCGCCGGCAACUGGGGUCGCAGCUGGAGAUGCAGCGGCCGGCAGGGCUCUGGCGCUUAUGUCCGCGACCUUGGGCGGCGAGGGUCCCAGCGGAGAAUCUUGGCCGUAGGGAAGUCACCUCUGGUGUCUCUCCCCGCGGCAGCACCUCGCCCAGAACCCUGAAUAUCUUCGACCGGGAUUUGAAAAGGAAACAGAAGAACUGGGCGGCCCGGCAGCCCGAGCCGACGAAGUUUGACUACCUGAAGGAGGAGGUUGGAAGUCGGAUCGCAGACCGUGUAUAUGACAUACCCAGAAAUUUCCCCCUUGCUUUGGAUCUUGGUUGUGGAAGAGGUUACAUUGCACAGUAUUUGAAUAAGGAAACUAUUGGAAAGUUUUUCCAAGCCGACAUUGCAGAAAAUGCUUUGAAAAAUUCCUUAGAAACAGAAAUACCUACUGUCAGCGUUUUAGCUGAUGAAGAAUUCCUUCCCUUCAGAGAAAAUACAUUUGACCUGGUGGUUAGCAGUUUAAGUUUGCAUUGGGUGAAUGACCUUCCUAGAGCACUUGAGCAGAUUCAUUAUAUUUUAAAACCAGAUGGAGUGUUUAUCGGUGCAAUGUUUGGAGGCGACACACUCUAUGAACUUCGGUGUUCCUUACAGUUAGCGGAAACGGAAAGGGAAGGAGGAUUUUCUCCACACAUUUCUCCUUUCACUGCUGUCAAUGACCUGGGACAUCUGCUUGGGAGAGCUGGCUUUAAUACUCUGACUGUGGACACUGAUGAAAUUCAAGUUAACUAUCCUGGAAUGUUUGAAUUGAUGGAAGAUUUACAAGAAAUGUACAGAAAUGAAGAUGGUUCAGUACCCGCCACAUAUCAGAUCUAUUACAUGAUAGGAUGGAAAUAUCAUGAGUCACAGGCAAGACCAGCUGAAAGAGGUUCCGCAACUGUGUCCUUUGGAGAGCUAGGAAAAAUAAACAACCUUAUGCCACAGGGGAAAAAAUCACAAUAAAUAUUUAUUCAAUGUUAAUGUCGUCCAGAAUUUUCAUCAGAAAUGGAUAGCUUUCACAUGUAAAAUUAUUAUAUUUUGAAGCAAGAAGCACUCUAAGCUAUUUACUAAUAGACUUUUCAUAUAAUUAGGAAAACCUAAUAUCACAUCUAUAGUAACCAUUUCAGUUUCAUAUUGUUUCUGUUUUCAUAAGGAUACUGCUGAGUGUCUUUGUAGAUUCAGCCUAAAAGCAAAGAAAAUAUUUCCCUAAAAUAUUUGCAAAUAAUGUUUACAUAUGUAAAUGCCUGGGAAAAUAUUACUCAUGCUGACCUUUUGUACCUUUUUUCUCCUGCUUUGAUCUUUUGUUACUUCUGUGAGAGGACCACAGCCAUGGAGAUGAGAGGAGGGACAAGUUUGUCGGUUCUUUAGAGUUCUGGCUCAUUUAGAUUGAAGACACAGACUUUUUGUAAUUACUAUUGUAAGGUACUUAAGCCAGAAUUGUAUUUGUCGUUCUGUUUUCUUUGCCUUGAAGAGGAACAGAUGAAUAUGCACCUUCUCCAGAGUUAUGUGGUUUUAGAAUUUAGAAGAGCAUGUAUCUUUAUUAAAUCCCUCCUCAAUUCUUUUUUUUAAAGCAUCUGAAUUUAACCUUAUUUCUUUUUUAUCUGCAUGGUGUGGGUGGGACCACCAUGGUUUUACACCCCACCCUACCUUAGGGAAGAAGAAAACAUUUUAAAGAAUAACAGAAUCACAUGUAACAGUCUCUGUGCAGUCAUGAGUUUAUUGUUAGGCUUUCCUUUGUAAUUUCAGGGCUUAAGCACUAUUAUCCUAAUCCAAGUUCACAGUCCUGUUGUUGUCGAGGAGGGUUCAAAAUCAUUUGGAAAUAAUCAAGCUCAGACAGCUUAGGAUAGGUGAGAAAAACGUAGAGGAAGCAGAGAGAAGGCUGAGAAGCAAGCAGGAGUGAGCGCUAAGUGUGUUGUUUCCAGUUAGCUGUUUGCUGUCUUUUCCAUUUAACCUGGGCACUGCCCCAGCCUCAUCUUCAGCCUUCAGUGAUCUAUAAUAGCAUUUCCUUCUGUCUACUCUCAGUCUCUCUUCUGCCUUCCUUCCCUCCUUUACUGUAUUAGCAGCAAGCUCUCCAUGGGUUGGAGCUGUGUGUUAGCCUGUAGACAGCACAUGGUGCUUUGCACAUAGUAGAUAUUCAGUUACAUUUUGAACUGAUUAUAUAACAAACUUGCCCUUUGAAAGACUAAAUUAUAGUUAAAAACCAAGAUUUGUAGGAGAAAAAGAAAUUGUUGUUCCCUUCAGUUGGAAAAAUCAUCGAUAUUUGAAACUGGGAUACACUUGGUACCUUUUUUGUUUUAUCACAAAGUAAACCUGUGAAGUAGAA